AUGGAUAACUCUCCCUAUCCCACCAAUGGUAUAAACGGAACCUCGAACCCUCACAGUUACCCGUCGCCGGCCUCUUUCUCGCCUCAUCACGGUCAGCCAGGUUCUCCUCUGCCUCAGACGCUGCCGCCGCUGCAGCCUUCCACCACGAGCAUGCAGCCCCUCUACGGUAGCAACCCGCACACCCCGCGCACUGGUACGCCUAACACGCCAAACUCUGCGCACAACCUGCCUCCCAGCUACCCUCAGAGCACCCAGGCCGGUGCUAGAAGCGGCAUGUACUCGAUGGCUCAGAACCCCUACCCGCCGCACACCGGCUACGGCACUUCUCAGCCCAUGAUGCCCGGCGCCACCACUGCUCCUUCGCACCCGCACCCGCAGCCCAUCGCUCCCGCGCCUGCUGGUGGUCGCGGACCUCCUGUCCUGCGUCCUAUGCCUCCCGGUGGUCUCAUGGGCCAGAAUGGCGUCGGCUCGCCCUACGGGCCCGGCCCGCUCAUGCCCAACAACGGUGUCCUGGGCGACGCGGAGCAGCCUACUCAUGUGGUAGGCUCUCAGGGUCGCAGAGGUAUCCUGCCCAGCGCCCCGGGUCGCCCUGCUGCUCCCGCCGCCGGUACCACGGCUGCAAAGAACACGGUCAUUCCCGUCAAGGAUGCCGAUGGCAAGUUUCCUUGCCCUCACUGCACCAAGACCUAUCUGCACGCCAAGCACUUGAAGCGCCAUCUUCUGCGCCACACUGGUGACCGUCCCUACAUGUGUGUUCUCUGCCGCGACACCUUUUCUCGCAGUGAUAUCCUGAAGCGCCACUUUCAAAAGUGCUCCAUCCGCCGUGGCAACCCCACCGGAGCUUCCCACCUUUCCCACCCUCAGGCGCACGUCAAAAAGAACGCCCAGGCGCAAAAGGCUGCUGGUAUGCCCGAUGGUGACAUGAACCAAAUGAGCGGCAUGCCCGGCGACGGCAUGGUUCACCCCUUUGGCAUGGUUCCCGUUCAGGAUGGCAUGAAUGGUAUGCCCGGCGACCAGCAUCAACACCAGCACCAGCUUUCUCGCUCCUCCAGCAUGGGACGCAUGGACAACCCCGCUAACGGCGAUCGUCGUGGCAUGGCUCCUCCUGUCAUGGGUGGCUCUCAGCCUUAUGGAGGCGACGUCAACCCCAUGAAUGGACAGAACAUGCACGGCUACAAUGUCCCUCCCGGCCAGAGUGGUAUGCCCAUGUAUGGUGCCUCGAACCAGCAGCCGCAGUCCAGCCUUGACUGGGCUCAGAUGUUCCCUCCUAAUGCUGGCGGUCAAAAUCGCUCUUGA